AUGCCAAAAGAGCAAUAUAUGUGCCAAUUAUGUGCCAAUCAUGGAGUGUUUAAUCAGCCGAAAAAAGGACAUAAGCAAAAAUGUCCCUAUCGUCAUUGUCCAUGUAGUUUAUGUGCUCUGAAUACAAAACGGCGAGCACUGGAUCAGAUUGAACGUCAGUUGAAGAACGGAUCAGCAAAUUUGCAGAUUGUUCCAGGAUUAAUGAAUGACAAGAUAGAUCUGUGCAAUACGCGAUCCUUCACUUUUGAAAGCAAAAAUGCGGAUGCAACAGAUUCUAAGGAUGAUGAUUACGUCACAACACUGACAGCUUUACGAAAAGCUGCUUCUUCGCAUCAGUCGAUCACUCCGUUGCGUUCACUGUCGAUCAAAAGCAAUUCAUCAUCUGACGCAUUUUGUGUUGCAUUACCAGCAACAAUAACGAAAAAAACUCUAAAAAGGACAGCUAAGCGUAUGGAUGAAGCAGGAAGAAAAGCAAGAAUUCUUGAAAAUGCGAUCACAAAUAUCGCACAGCGAAACAGACAUCGGUCAAUAUUUCAUUCCGUGGAACAGUUAGCCCAAUCCGGAUAA